AUGGCUCAGGCCCCUGCUAUCGGAAACGAUGUUGAUUUCUGCACGCUGGGCAUGUUCAUCCUCGAUGACAUUGACUUCGGGGGUACCAGACCUAGCGUGAAGAAUGUGAUUGGCGGGGCGGCGUCGUUCGCUGUUGUUGGGGCGCGGAUGGUCGCAGGGAAGGACGACGCGCGGUCUGUGAGUUGGACUGUCGAUGUUGGCGAGGACUUUCCGGAGGAGGUGCUCGAGUUGAUUAGGUCGUGGGGGACGGCUUGUGUGGUUCGGGAGGACCGUACGAGGUUGACGACGCGGGCUUGGAAUGGGUAUGGGGCUGAUGAGAAGAGAGAUUUCGCAUACUUGACGCCGAAGCUACGGCUGGAUGCUUCGAGUCUAUCUGAUGCUCAGGUGUUCUCGAAGACGUUUCACAUGGUCUGCUCGUCUUCGCGCUGCAUAGACAUCGUGGAAGGUAUUCUUGGCCGGCGGGAAGAGCUUCUACAGGAUGGUAAAGCGCCUUCUUCCGACCUUGCUGCGCAACGACCUCUCUUUGUCUGGGAGCCAGUGCCGAACCUCUGCACGCCCGAGGAAGCAGACAACUUCUUCGCGGCGAACAGGGUAGUGGAUGUGGUGAGUCCCAAUGAGCUGGAGCUGGGGAUGAUGUUCGGGCAAUCCGGGUGGAGCAAAGAGAGUCAGUUCGGAAAGGAUAUAGUCCAGAGGAUCCUUGACUCUGGGAUCGGCCCUGAGGGUAAAGGCACUUUGGUCAUACGUGCUGGUAAAGACGGUAGCUACGCAUACUCGAGAACGCACAGUAUCUGGCUUCCCGCUUAUCAUCAACCUGGUGAUGAUGGGUCUACUGCUGUUGUCGAUCCCACGGGCGCGGGGAAUUCUUUCUUGGGCGCAAUGGCGCAGGGUCUGGUCAGUGUGGGGAGAGUCCCUGCGGAUGUCAUCCAGUCUGUCCUGGCGGACUCCGCAGGCUGGAAGAGAGCGAUGGAGACGUGGGGAGAACAGAGCAAUGUCCCCCUCGCGCUUAUCCUCGCCACUGUUGCAGCAGGGUUCGUGGUAGAGCAGAUUGGAGUGCCACAUAUGUCUACGUCGAGCAGUGGGAGGGAAUUUUGGAACGAAACUGAAUUCACGGAACGGGUCCGUCUGUACACUCGGCGUUUGCACCAGACACUUGAAGAGGCUCCCCAAAAGCACUUGCAGAUCAAUUGACCGAUCGAUUAACGCCCUUCUAUUGUCGUACAGCCCACAAUAUGAAACAAAAAUU